AUGUCUUUUGAGAGACAGGGCCCUGUGCUCGCAAGAAAGAGAAAGAGAAACACAGACUAUAAACACACCAAUUCACACCCUUCCAAUCGUCAAAUCAUCAACUCAUCCCAUUUGCAUAGAGACUCAUCAUUCAGUACACCAAUUAAACCAAAGAGUGUUCCUGAUAACUUUAGUAGGCGUAAGGGGAAAGACUGGACAAAAGUUGGUAAAAAUGAUGAUGAAAAGGAAGACAAUGAUAAUGCAAGAUUUGUGCUGAAGUUGUUCACAAGUUUGACAUCCACUAUUUAUAAGAAAGCUGCUCAUCUGAUCAAGGAACAAUUUAAACAUGAGCCUGAGGAGAAAACAUCACCAUCUAAAAGAAGAAAAGUGGAUAAAGAAGCGGCAAAAGUAGAGGACAAGAAAUCUAAGAUUGAUCGUAAAGCUGCAUUAGAAGCUAUUAAUUUCAAUCCAGACAUUAAAGAUGAUUAUAAGAAUGUCUCAUUUAUCAAAUCACCAAUUGAUUGGGAUCUUAAGGAAACACUUGCAGUUGAUGGGAGCUCAGAAGGUACGAAUGAUUAUGGUACGAGUUUCAUUAGACGUAAGAACAAAUACACCAAACCAAACAUUGAAUCAAAAUACAUGAGAUCUGUCUAUAGUGGGCAAUAUAGAACACCAACUCCAACAAAUACAACUCCACCAACACCUUCAAAUAGCUCAGAUGAUGAUAAGAAACUGCUUUCUUCAAUGCAUAGAAUCACUGAAGAUUUGAGAAAGAAUUGGGGUGGAAAAAAGAAGAAGUCAGAUGAUGAUGUUAUUUUCCUGAAAGAAGUUAAACUACCGCCAGCUACUCCAUCAAGAUUCUCACUAACUUUUGAUCUGACCAAAUUGACAUUUGAGCAAGAAUUCAAAUAUUAUCAAAAAAUAUUGAACGAAAGAAGAAAAUUACAAGAUAAGAUACAUAAGGAUAAACUAGAGGCGGAAUCGACUUCUAAAUUAAUUGAAAAACUAUCUGAAGAUGAUGAAAAUAAGGUGUUAAACAUUUGGAAAAGUAAAGGCAGAGACUCACAGAUGUUAUUACAAGCAUUUAAUAUUGAUGUUAAAGUCAUUGAUUUCAAAACGUUAGCUGAUAAACAUUGGUUAAAUGAUGUUGUUAUUGAAUUAUUCUUGAAAACUUUAAUCACAGAUAAAGUUUAUGCCUUCAAUUCAUAUUUCUUCACCACUAUAGAAUCUAGAGGUUAUACAGGUGUUAAUAGAUGGAUGAAAAGGGCAAAAGUUAAUAUUGCAGAUAUAGAUAAGAUCUUGAUACCCAUCAAUGUCCAUCAAACACAUUGGGUUUUAGGGACUAUUGAUAUGAAGAAGAAGAAAAUAUUGUACAUGGAUAGUUUAACUACUAGAAAGACACCACACGGUGAAAGAGCAUUGAACUUGAUGUAUGAUUUUGUUAAGGGAGAAACCAAUAAACAAGGUGUACCUCAACUGGCUGAAGGUUUUACAAUGGAGCAUCUUUUAAAAGUUCCACAACAACAAAAUGGGUUUGAUUGUGGUGUCUUUACUUUAUUGAAUGCCUUUUAUAUUUCCAAAAACGAGGCCCUAACUUACCAACCAGCAGAUGCCACCACGUUUAGAAGAAUCAUUGGAAAUACGAUAUUAUCACUGUCGUCCAAGAAAUAA